AAAAAAGUGACAGUUGACAUUUGGCUAAAAUUAGGUUGUCAAAUUCUCGCAUAAUUUCGCUAUAAUGGCCAAUUAUUUCGGCUUAUCGGCUAUAACGAACUUCUUUAAAACCAUCAGUUCCCAUGGGGGGUUACGAGCAUCCCUCGCGAAGAUGUACAGGAUGGAUUCAGUGCGUAUGGGUACCUGCGUAGGGACUGAUAAGUACGGUAACAAAUACUACGAGAAUAAAUCGUAUUUCUACGGUAGAAACAGAUGGAUUGAAUAUGCCCCGUACUACGCUCUUGAAUAUGAUGGUAGCCAAAUCCCAGCCGAGUGGUUUGGUUGGAUGCAUUAUAAAACCGACUUAAUUCCCUCUCAAGAUCCUUCCAGACCGCAGUACAAGUGGAUGACAGAUCACACGGAAAACUUAACUGGUACCCCUGGGCAAUAUAUGCCGUAUUCUACUACAAGACCAAAAAUCGAGGCUUGGUCACCUACCAAAGCUUAGUUUUCGUUUUAAUUGUAUAUAUUUUAUUGGAAAUAAACUAGUUUAAUUUA